UGACAGAUGCUGUUUGUCAAAUAAUUGGGCUGCAGUUUAUUUGAUCUUUUUCUGUUCCUACCUAUAAAAUAUUUGUUACCUGCAAAUGGAAUAAUAGAACAAUAAUUCUUGUGAUUUGUUUUCAGAUACAAAAUGCAAUUCACCUCAGAAGAAGCUUACGCGCGGCUCAUCAGCCACAAUAUGACCGUGCCACAGAGAAUCAAGGCAACGGGUGAUAUUGUGGAUGAGGACAGUGCACCCAAUGGGCUGGUCACCGGCUGGGACUAUGCCAAUGAAAAAUUUGACAUGAAAGUGCCAGAGAGGAUACUGGUUGUUGGUCAAGAUCAACAUAUGGGUACAAAAGCUCCGCCUAGAGAAAUUCAACUUGACAAUGCGGUGCUACCCACUGAUCCAGGCAUGAUUCGUGUGAGCACUCCUCCACGAGUUAUCACUUUGGACCAGCAUUACUUUCCGUCUGCUGAUGACUUCCCGAGGGGGAUGCCGAAUUCGCCCCCAAGGAAUAUAAGGACCAUAAGAUCCCAGGGUGACGGGGCACGCUCAACCACACCUCGCCCAGACAAUUUUAACGAGUCUACAAUGACUGAAUCACGUCUUGUGUUGAGAGACCCUACUCCACCAAUGGGUAAUGGUGAAGGCCUCUCUGCUGCCGAAGAAUUAGUCCAUUUACGACGACAGAUAGUUAAAUUGAACCGACGUGUGAUGGCCAUUGAAGCGGAGCAACUACAGCGUCAACAGAAGGAGAAGAUAGCAUAUGCUAUAGGCAUUGCUUAUCUGUUGUUCAAAGUUAUUGCUUGGCUAAACAGAUCCUAAUCUAUGGUCAACUGUUAUUAAAAUGUAAGAUGAAGUAAUCACAUAAUGUUGACUUCAUGAAUUAUCUUUUAUGACCAUUUUUAAAUGGUAUGUUUUAUAGAAGUGUCGCGUCGUGCUGUAGAAGAUAUCUCAAAGUGGAAAUGUUGAACAUUAUGAUUUCUUAGCAUUUAGGUAACAUUUUUUUUAUACCUUGUGUACAUUACUGUAUAUCUUGUACAGUUAUCUUACUUUCAAGUUUCAGUAUACAUAACUCUGCAUUUCAUAAAAUUAUAAUGAACUGUUGAAGUGACAAGACCUUUUACUUUUAGUAUGUAUAGAUGUAAUAUGAUGGGUCAUUAUUAUUAAAUAAAUGAUAGAUGGAAUCCUUA